CACUAUAAAAGAGGGCAAGGCACGGCCAACUGCACCAGUCUCAUCCGAGCCUUUCCUGGAACAAUGGUCGCUAAGGUCCUCCUCCUCGCUGCCCUCGCGGUCCUGGCUGCCGCUGACCAGGCGCCCUCCUACACCCCUCCCCGCCCAACCUACAGCGCCCCGACACCGUCCUACGGCCCCGCCGAGCCCACCGGACCCGCCCAGUACAAUUUCAACUGGGCCGUCAAGGAUGACUAUUCCGGCAACGACUUCGGCCAGGAUGAGUCCCGCGACGGCUACAACACCCAGGGUUCCUACUACGUGCUGCUGCCCGACGGCCGCCUGCAGCGCGUCAACUACCGCGUGGAGGGCGACUCAGGCUUCCUGGCUGAGGUGAGCUACGAGGGUGAGGCCCAGUACCCCGAGCAGCAGAGCUACAGGCCCCAGCCCACCUACCAGCAGCCCCAGCCUACCUACCAGCAGCCCCAGCCCACCUACGCUUAGUCACACUCCUCUCCGAUCUCCCUAUUUUGACUUUCUCGACGACCAUUCCUUCUUACGAUGAGACUGAAAUAAAUAUAUUUUUGUACAUAA